GUCAUCAAUUUAUUGCACUGGUUGUGGUGGUGUUGUGUGUACAUGUCUAUUACAUGCUCGUAUGCUCUAUUUAUGGCAAUGUUGAUUUUUGCAAAUUUAACGAAAAAAUUUUUCAUUAUCAAUAAUUAAUAAUUAGUUAUCUUCCUCAAGUUUGAUGCGUGAAAUUUAUCGGUGUUCGAAUUGUGUAUUCUGUAAAGUGAAAUAAUUGACGUACUUUGUACUGUGCUGUAAUCAAAAUUUUGUCUUUACUCUGGUAAGAGCAAUAUUACAUGUAUGUACGGCAUACCAUUGAUGAGAACUAUUUUCAUACACUGGUAGCAAUUGUCGCACAGUUCUGCUGUUCUGCUAAUGAACCAAUUAUAAACAGUACAUUAUUUUGGUGCAUUGAAUUGUGUAGUUUGAUUGAUACCUCUCUUUAAUUCAACAUUCAAAAUACAAAAUGAACAAUUCGGGUGCUACUGUUUUUCCCGGUCAGCAUACCACAACAACUACGAUAUCCUCAACCACUGAAGCUCAGAUCAAUCCUAAUAUACGAUUCGAUCGUGAUUAUUUAUCAAAAAUUGAUGGUCAGAUUAGAAUAUUGGAAAUAGUGUUAAGCUGCAUCGCAUUGUUUUUCAUUGCGUAUGCCAACACGUACACGCCCGAUAGAACCACAUUUUUGGAAACCGUCUGUGUUUCAGCUAUCUGGUGGAAUACUAUUUUUGUAAUUUUUUACCUGUUUCACGUAAUCGAGAAGUUUUAUAAAAUACCGUGGUUAAUAGUUGAAGCCAUAAGUGCUGUAUCGUUUGGAGCUUUGUUUUUUCUGUGUGGUUUGCUGUCAAUUGCCUGGAUAUUUACAUAUUCAGCUUUCAUUGUGAUGUUGUUUGCUGCUGUAGUGCUGACAGCACUGUUUGCUUACGAUGCUUACCUCAAAUGGCUAGCGAUACAAGAAGGGCAAAUUGCGCAGGGACGAAUUAUCAAUCAAGUUACAGAAGUUAAUCAGUCAGGAUUCCGUUAUUAAUGUUAAUGGGCGUUCAUUUUUACUACUAUGUGAUUCAAUGUAGUGUUACUAAUGCCAUCCUGUAGCAUUUGUUCGUAGUGACUGUCUUUUGCAUUUCAUUUAAUUUUUUGUUCUUGUUUUGUUGUUUUGUGUUUCGUAGUUGACAAAUAUUUGAUUCUGAAAAUAUUGAAAGGUUUUGAUUUUUCUUUCAGAAAAGAUUUGUUUCUUUCUCUGUUAAUUCAUUUGCGAGCACCGUUGAUGAGUAGCGCUUUAUAAACGAACAAUUUCUAGCUUCUAUAUAUAUAUUUUUUUUGCUAUCAUUUUUGCAAUUUUACUUUGUAAUUAGCACUGAAAUACGUUUCGUUUUUUGAAUUAUUAUCACACCUAAAUUAUUGGAUUUUCUUUACAGUAGCACAUUCCUUGUUACUAUUUGAAUCGAGUAUUAUCGUUUUAUUGAAGAAGUAUUAUUAAUGAGGUAUUAUUACUUAUUGUACUGAAAUUUUGUCAAUUCAAUUUUAUCCUAUUUGCCUUCAAAGCAUUUUUUUUUUAAAUUUUGAGUCAUUCAUAAUAUUCUAGUGAAAACUUUUAUUAGUUACCUGUGUAUGAUCUUAUGGACGUGUUGUGUUGUUUUAUGUUUAUGUUGAUCUUUGUGUUAAUUUUAUGCGUAAGAAUAUUAUUUGUUUGAAAUUAUUCGACAGUUUAAAUGAUUGAAGUUUAAUUUUUUCAUUAUUCAGUAUGCUAAGUGUUUAAAAAGAGUCUUUCCAAUUUCGGUAAAAAUUUUAUGUGUGAUCGUGUGUUUCGUUCAUUAACAGUUUGCCAAUUUUUUCUAAUUCAUUUCAAAUCAAAGAAUCAUUAUUUUUUCUACAAUUCAAGUUUUUGCAUUUUCAUUCAAGUAAAAAAAGUUGUUCACGUGUUCAUUUUAUGUAUGUACUUAUUUCCUUAACUUGCCCUCCUUAUAUUUUAUCAUCUAACAGAAAUACUUGUUUUAUAUCAUUUUAACAUUUGUUUUGUUUUAUGUAAGUACAUUAAGUGUGUUUAUUUUUUUGCAUUUUCAUUAUUUCAAAAUCUUAUGUUGUUAUUCUCACUUCCUGACUUGUAAUUCUCUCAAGUACGUCUUGUAUCAUUUUUUGUUUUUUCAUAUUAUACUCCUUUCAAUUUGA